AGACACGUCUCUUUUUACAAAGUUUUGUAAAAUGAAUAUGGACAGGACACUUAAUGUUAGUUAGUUCGAAGUGCUUGGAUAAAACAGUCAGGUUCUGAAUUCCUGUCAACGCUUAGUGGCUAGCUUGGCAAACGUUACUUGCCUUGCUCAUUGCUCUUGCUAUGGCUGAACGGGGAGCUCAUUUGACUACAGCAUCAGCUGAAGACAAACCGUCAAUAUUUGAGGUGUUAGCCCAGGAAUCUUUGAUGAGUGCUGUCAAACCAGCCUUGCAGCACGCCGUCAAGGUUCUUGCGGAGUCUAACCCUUCCCGUUAUGGGGUCCUGUGGAGAAGAUUUGAUGAGAUCUAUGCCAUUCUCGACUUGCUUCUUCAGCAUCAUUUCCUAUCACGCACCAGUGCCUCGUUCUCUGAAAAUUUUUACGGUCUAAAGCGCGUGGUUUCCUCCGACAGCAAACGGCCUGCGCAUCUUGGGCUUCGCCGUAAGCAGCACUGGCGUUCGUUAAUCCUGCUGUCACUUUUGCCGUACCUGCGUACCAAACUGGAAAAAGUUCUCGCUCGCCAACGGGACGAAGAUGAUUUUUCUAUCCGACUGCCACAGUCCGUGGCACAGAAGAUGUACCGAGCGUUCCUGGCUGCGUACCCGUUCGUGUGCAUGGCCUGGGACGGCUGGGUUUUUUGCCAGCAGCUUCUGUACGUUUUUGGUAAGGCACGGACCCAUUCGCCUCUGCUGUGGUUUGCUGGUGUCAAACUGGACUAUCUCACUGCUCAUGACAUCCUGAAACUGGAUCUCAAACCCACUGGACCUGCAUUAAGCUCUGCUCAAAGUGUGUCGGAGAAACUGCGGCGAGUGUUCUCCACAGUGGUCGGCGGCGUGGCCGUGUCCCUCUCCACGAGCCUUUCUCUGGGCGUGUUCUUCCUCCAGUUCCUCGAAUGGUGGUACUCCUCAGAGAACCAGAGCACUCUGAAAUCUCUGACCUCCCUGCCGACCCCCCCGCCCCCACUCCACCUUCAGGACCAGGCCGCGUCCCCCGCCCACUGCAAAAUGUGCGCGCUCUGCCGAAAAACACGCACCAAUGACACCGUCCUGGCUACUUCCGGUUACGUUUUCUGUUACCGAUGCAUUUACAUUUACGUUAAAGCCAAUCAACGAUGUCCCCUGACCGGAUAUCCUUCAGGACUGCAGCAUCUGAUUAAGAUAUACUCGUCAGAGGGAUAGACUGACCUCAGUUGUCAUUUUGGAACUGUGGGACAUCGGGCGAUUCCUUACUGAACUCUGUUUUGUGUGUUCGAAAAGGCACAAUAAUAUACACAGAGUUAAAUAUUUCAAUGCUAGUACUGCUCAGAAAGGAAAGACUUUAAUCCCAAACAAACAAAAUAACUGCAGGAGACUG